GGCGCCCUUCUGGCCACGACACGAAUCCCUUACCUUCCCACGUUAACUCUCCGUUUUCCAUCAAAAUUCAAUUCCAUGAAAAUUUUCUUUGUUUAUGAAAUUUCUAUGUAUCUGUGUUCUUUAUAUUUGUUUUUCCUCUUCGAUUUCGUCCUGAUCAUCAUACUAUAACCGCCUCAAUUUUUCUUUGUUAUUUAUUCCAAUUCGUCGACCCGUCUUCCCAUAAAUUUGUGGCAUCCAACGAAGAAAAACUCAUCCAAUUCCAGACGUCUUAUUCUCUGGAAAUUCCCCAUUUCCCCACAAUUUUUCUUUUCAUAUCACGAAGAACAGAAAUUACAAGAUUGGUGGACGAGUUUCGCGCCGACCCGGGUUGAUUUUGCUAUCGGAGCCCAUGUUCAGAGGCGCUAAAAAUGGCCCCUCGGAGCAGCCCCACCCUUCCAAUUCCCUCUCCGACGCCAAAUUGGGUUUCGGAGAGAGAGCCCUCUCCGCCGCUGGAGCCGCCGUCCUCUCCGCCGUCCUCGUUAAUCCCCUCGACGUCGCUAAAACAAGGUUGCAAGCCCAAGCUGCUGGAGUUCCAUACCAAGGCCAAUGCCGGCUCACAAGCUUAGAAACAAAUACGGUGAUUCCAAAUUUGAGAUGCUCGCCAUCGGGAUCACGGGAUCUUCUUGGCCUUGAACCCGAUUGUUCUCUAGAGUGUAAUCGGUAUAAGGGAACAUUUGAUGUGUUUAACAAGGUUAUUCGUCAGGAAGGCUUUGCGAGGCUGUGGCGAGGUACAUAUGCGAGCUUAACUCUGGCUGUGCCGACUGUGAGUUUCGCUCGCCCUGACAUUUGCCCCAAGAUACAUUUUGAGCUGAGAUCCUUACUUUCAGUGGUUACAUUACUGAUGAUUUUGUGCUUCCUUCCUCGUGCGUACCAGGUUGGGAUCUACAUGCCUUGUUAUGAUAUCUUCCGCAAUUUUAUGGAAGAUUUCACAACCGAGAAUGCUCCGGGUUUGACUCCAUACGUUCCGUUAGUUGCAGGAUCAAUUGCACGCUCAUUAGCUUGUAUAUCAUGUUACCCUGUUGAACUUGCGCGGACUCGAAUGCAGGCGUUUAUAGAAAACCAAACUGCCACUAAGCCUCCAGGGGUGUGGAAGACACUGGUUGAGGUUAUAAACCCGGUCAGGAGUAGUCGCCUUCAAGAUCUGCAGAAUUAUCGUAUCUUAUGGACCGGCCUUGGUGCACAACUUGCUCGAGACGUUCCGUUCUCUACCAUCUGCUGGGCAACACUUGAACCUUUAAGGAGGAAAAUUCUAGGCCUAGUUGACGAUGAAGCGAAUGCAGCCAGCGUGCUUGGUGCAAAUUUCUCUGCUGGUUUUGUUGCUGGAAGUCUCGCAGCUGCUGCAACAUGUCCACUGGAUGUUGCGAAAACCCGAAGACAAAUCGAGAGAGAUCCUGAAAGGGCAUUAAAGAUGACUACAAGAACAACUCUGGCAGAAAUUUGGAGGGAUGGAGGAACGAAAGGAAUGUUUACAGGAAUUGGCCCCCGUGUUGGCCGUGCUGGUCCCUCCGUCGGAAUAGUCGUCUCCUUCUACGAACUCGUCAAGUAUGCUUUGUAUCACAGACACCCUGAAGAAACGAUAAAUAAAUAGAGGGAGGGGGAGUCACUUGGUAUGUCCCCAUGUAAGCUGAAGAAAUCUCCUCUCCACAGACUGCAACUUCUAAAGGAAUAAAAAUCUUCAUUUUUUCCCCUUUCCACGGAAAAGUAAAUUUAAAUACCAAUCCCAAUCUCAAUCUCAUUGUCCAUUUUUCCACCAAAAAUUUGUUCAAUCGCAAAUUUAGGUGUUCUAACUCAUGAAGAUGUACAUGAAUGUUGGAUCAAAGAAUGAAGAAGAUAUUUCACACUUGCUUCA